AUGUCAUGUAAACGUUUAAUCGAAUAUCUCAACUCGCUGCAAUCACAGAUGACAAGUACCACAGAUUGUGUAGUACCUGCAACUUGUACAGCUUCAGAAAAGCGGAAAGCAUCAGCUGAUGAAAGCGAUGAUUCUGCUGAGGAAUAUCCAGAAUCAUUUGUGACUCUCCGGGCAUCACUGUCACUGCCAGCUCGUGCCGCUGAUAACGAUGAGAACACAGACAAGGAAACAUCUUUUGUUAAUGUUCUGAAGAAAAAA